CCCAAGCUCACGAACCGCUCCUGAUUCCAGCCCAGCCGCCGGGACUCUCGAGGUCACAGCGACCUCAGCACCGUCUUGGAGGAAGGCGGCGCGGAAAUCGCGCCUCCUUCCCGGCAGCAGGAGCCAGAUCUCAAACAAUACGCCAAUCGAUGCCUGUGUGUGACUCGGUUCGGCCACCGGCUCCGCCUCGCCAAGGUCUGUCUGGUCUACCCCUCGCUGAAGCCGCGCGCAGGCGGCCGCGUUAGCACUCUGGACAGCGCUCCCGGACCCGCGGGGGCUGUCUGCAGGCUUGCGGCUAGCGCUCCCCAGGGGCUCCCCUGCACGCCUCCCACCCACACGCUCUGACUCCAGCUCGUGAGCACCGUCUGCCUCGCAUCCUCCCGCUCCCAUUUUUUUUUUUUUUUCUCUCCGCCGCCCCCUCAUCCAUCCGGAUUGGACUCCUUCCCCUUCAAAAGCAGUUCGGGCGCUCGGCGCUUUCCCAUAUCCCUGCGGCGCGGACCCUUCGGUCUCCCUCCCUAUCUCACCUCAGCCACGUCUCUAAGCCCUAACCCCAGAACACAUACACGCACUAACACGCAGACACGCACGUUUCCUGUCCCUGUGUGACACCCACCCUCUGCCGCACGGCCGCGCGGGUCCCCACACGGUACCCUCCUCCCGCCACACUCACGCACGCGCGCGCAGAGCGAGCCGAGCCGAGGGCAGCUCGCCGACAGUUCGCACUCGGAGGCGACCCGCUCCAGUCGCACAGCGCUGAUGGCAUCUCCGGGCUCCGGCUUUUGGUCCUUCGGGUCUGAAGAUGGCUCCGGGGAUCCCGAGAACCCCGGCACAGCGAGAGCCUGGUGUCAGGUGGCUCAGAAGUUCACAGGCGGCAUCGGAAACAAGCUGUGCGCCCUGCUCUACGGAGACGCCGAGAAGCCCUCGGAGAGUGGCGGGAGCCAGCCCCCGCGGGCCCCCUCCCGGAAGGCCGCCUGCGCUUGUAAUCAGAAGCCUUGCAGCUGCCCCAAAGCGGACGUCAACUAUGCGUUUCUACAUGCAACAGACCUGCUGCCAGCAUGUGAUGGAGAAAGGCCCACUUUGGCGUUUCUGCAAGACGUUAUGGACAUUUUGCUUCAGUAUGUGGUGAAAAGUUUCGAUAGAUCAACCAAAGUGAUUGAUUUCCAUUAUCCUAAUGAGCUCCUUCAAGAGUAUAACUGGGAAUUGGCAGACCAACCACAAAAUUUGGAGGAAAUUUUGAUGCAUUGCCAAACGACUCUAAAAUAUGCAAUUAAAACAGGGCAUCCCAGAUAUUUUAAUCAACUUUCCACUGGACUGGAUAUGGUUGGAUUAGCAGCAGACUGGCUGACAUCAACAGCAAACACGAACAUGUUCACCUAUGAAAUUGCUCCAGUCUUUGUGCUCUUGGAAUAUGUCACGCUAAAGAAAAUGAGAGAAAUCAUUGGCUGGCCAGGGGGCUCUGGCGACGGGAUAUUUUCUCCUGGUGGCGCUAUAUCUAACAUGUAUGCCAUGCUGAUUGCACGCUUUAAGAUGUUCCCAGAAGUCAAGGAGAAAGGAAUGGCUGCUGUUCCCAGGCUCAUUGCCUUCACAUCAGAGCAUAGUCAUUUUUCUCUCAAGAAGGGAGCUGCAGCUUUGGGGAUCGGAACCGACAGCGUGAUUCUGAUUAAAUGCGAUGAGAGGGGGAAAAUGAUCCCAUCUGAUCUUGAAAGAAGGAUCCUUGAAGCCAAACAAAAAGGAUUUGUUCCUUUCCUUGUGAGCGCCACGGCUGGGACCACUGUGUACGGAGCAUUUGACCCCCUCCUGGCGGUUGCUGAUAUUUGCAAAAAGUACAAGAUCUGGAUGCAUGUGGAUGCAGCUUGGGGUGGGGGAUUACUGAUGUCCCGGAAGCACAAAUGGAAACUGAGCGGCGUGGAGAGGGCCAACUCUGUGACAUGGAACCCCCACAAGAUGAUGGGCGUCCCUUUGCAGUGCUCAGCUCUCCUGGUUAGAGAAGAGGGAUUGAUGCAGAGUUGCAACCAGAUGCAUGCCUCCUACCUCUUCCAGCAAGACAAGCACUACGACCUGUCCUACGACACUGGGGACAAGGCCCUACAGUGCGGACGCCACGUCGAUGUUUUCAAAUUAUGGCUAAUGUGGAGGGCAAAGGGCACCACUGGGUUUGAAGCACAUAUUGAUAAGUGCUUGGAGCUGGCAGAGUAUUUAUACAAUAUUAUAAAAAACCGAGAAGGAUACGAAAUGGUGUUUGAUGGAAAGCCUCAGCACACAAAUGUCUGCUUCUGGUACGUGCCACCAAGUUUGCGUGUCCUAGAAGACAAUGAAGAGAGAAUGAGCCGCCUCUCAAAGGUGGCCCCAGUGAUUAAAGCCAGAAUGAUGGAGUAUGGGACCACAAUGGUCAGCUACCAGCCCUUGGGAGACAAGGUCAAUUUCUUCCGCAUGGUCAUCUCAAACCCCGCAGCAACUCACCAAGACAUUGACUUCCUGAUUGAAGAAAUAGAACGCCUUGGACAAGAUUUAUAAUAACAUAGCUCACUAAGCUGUUUCAAUUCUCUAGGUAGACAAAUAAGUUGUUACAAACUGUGUGAAUGUAUUUGUAGUUUGUUCCAAAGUAAAUCUAUUUCUAUAUUGUGGUGUCAAAGUAGAGUACAGUUUAAAAAUCCAAGACAUUGCUCCUUUUAAAAAUCCUUUCCUAAAUUUAGAAUACCUCUCUAAAAAUUAGUGACAAAAGGCUGUGUUCUAAUCAAUAAUGAAAAGCUUAAAAUUGUUAUAACUACUUCCCUUACUUUUAAUAUAGUAUGCAAAUCAAGCUUUAUUUUCACUUCAGAGUAGUAGGAUUGAAUAGUGCCAAAUUGCCCCUGAAUCCUAAAAGGUUCUUUGGGGUGCAGUCCAAAGGAAAAAGUACAUAUAAAAUGUAUGUUGACAAUACAAACUCUUGCCUUUUUCAUAGUAUUAGAAAAAAAAAUUUCUAAUUUACCUAUAGCAACAUUUCAAAUGUAUUUAAAUACAUAUAAUUUUACAAAAGGAAAAUAUAUAUAUUAAAAAGAAAUCCUAUUUUGUAACAUAUAGAUUUUUAUUUUAUAUGGGUUAUACAAACUGCAGGGGCAGAUAUAAAAACUAAGCCAGAUUUUUUUUUCUCUUUCUUUUAAUGGAGGCACAAUAAAACACUGAGUAAAGUUAUUUUGAAACAUAGGCCCACAAAACUCUUAAAAGGUAUGAUGCCUUCUUUCUAUUCGUGUGAGGGCUUACCAUAUCUCUAAAGUUAGUAUUACAAAACAAACACAAAAGAAUAUUGUAGGUUCUUUAAAAUGACUGACCAGAUUGACAAAAUGAUUCUCUUCUCAGUUGAGUUUUCUGCCCAGUUGACCCUGAGUAGACCCACUCAGUAAGCAUGAAAAGCCAAGCUUCAUCUUAGACUAAAACUAGGGUAAUUGUUUGGACUCUGCUUUCCAGUUCAGCUUUUGAACAGAAGGUGGAUGCCCAUUCUUGAGGCAUCUUCCCAAACCGUAUUCUUUUAUUAGGUCAUUUGGAUUAAUUAGGGAAAAUAAAAAUAAAAUCUAAUCAGCCUGAACAAAAAGAAAUGACGCACACUCCAGAAGGUGGUGAGCCCAGAAAAUUAAACUCGGCCUUGAGAGAAGAGAUCUCUGUGUGAGAACAAUGAAGUCAUCCUGGGCACCAUAUUGUCACUGUCCAGGGAGGAGUCAUUUACCUCCUAGGUAAUUGCUUAUUCCCAUUCCCUCCCCUCUCCUACCCACAAAAGUUCUCUCCUGCUGGGCUCCCAAUCACUGGAAUCCCAAAUAAUUAAUUUCUAUCCCAUGGGUGGUUAUUUUCCUCUCAUGAAGUGGUCUCCUCACCUGAAAUUUUGAGACAGCAUCCUAGGACCUUCUUUUAUCUGCCACUCAUCAAGAUCCAAAGUGACCAGAAUAUACAGAGAUAGUAAGAUCCUUAGAAUUCAGGAUAAUAUUUUAAAGCAUUCUUCUUCCCCUGAAAACCUGAUGGAGAGACCCAAGCUAACAAGAGCUCCCAUAGAUAUUUGUGGGACCACAGUUUGUCGGGUUUCAAGUACUAGUGAGAUGACUACAGACUCAUCUAUGCAGACUGCAGGUAGCAACUUAGAAUAUUCCUUCUUUCUAUAUGUACCUUAGAAAGACUAUAGGUAUACAAGAGAAGAAAGAAAGAAAUGGCCUAUAAUAUAACCACAAGAUCCAACCAUCUGGAAUCUGCAUGAGCUUGCCCCUACAUUCUUUCUCCCACAUUAUAUCCAAAAACACUGACACUUGAAAGGAACAUAGGUUUGGGUCCUUCCUGUCUAGGAAGGAAAUGGGUUCUCUAUGAUGAUUAGGAGAAAACUUUUAUCUGUGCCCCAGAAUUUCAUGAAGGAAUAGCCUCCCAUUCUAGGUUAUGUCUCAUGGCCAAGCAUCCCUUUCCUUUCUAGAAAUGGGCCAUUGAGACUAAGCACAUAGCUGCCCAUCUAUCUGGAGCCUCAGGCCAAAAGGUCCUACCUCAGAGGCAGAGACACUAACUGUCAAACCCACUGUCCUGCUUGGAGAAGACAGUGAAGCCCAGGGCCCUGACAUAGAUAGACGCCUCUCAACUUUAGGAUGCUAUACCUUGCAGUACAGAUCCUCUAUGAGAAGCUGCUGCUUUUUAACUUGACAGUAUGAUGGAAUUUUAAAGGAGAAGCAUUUGCACCUGUGUAUGAAAUUCCAGCAAAAUAAUUUUUACAAAUAGGUUGUUUUCCCCUCUCCCUGUCCCUUCCAGAUCCUUCCCCAAGUUGGCUGGGAGUCUUGCUCAAUUCUAUGCAGUGAAAUUCCUGCCAACCACAAUCCAGCAAAGGAGGUAAAUAAAAGCCUAAUAGGUCCCAGUAGUCUAAUAAAAUAUUCUUUAAAGUAGGUCUGUAAUCUACUUGGAAGAGAGAGAGGGAGGGAGGUGGUUGUGAACAUUAGCUCAAAUUCCCGUGCCAAAGACCUUUAUGUGGGACCAUCCUUUCCAAAUUUUAGAAAAGUCUAAGGUUAGGUUAAUCAGAUUUGGCAUGGCCAUUUUCAUUUAUUCAGCAAUAUUGUGUUCAUUAUUUUUAAAUACUUGAAAAAAGGUGUGGUAUGUCUUUAUCUGAGAUGCAAAAACAGUACUGACUUUGUGUACUGUCACAGGCUGCGAAGAAAGCAGAGGAAAUCAAUCGUGUGUAUAAAUUGUGUUGCCUUCCUUAUAUUGAUAGUACUGUCUUGUCACCUCAGAUUGGGGUUGUGCACUUUAGCUCUGAACUGUACAGUGUUGCAAAUCAACUGUGUUGCUGUAAAAGCUUGUACAAUAUAUUAUUGACAUGUCUUUUUCUGUGUGGUAGCUGUAUCGAUAUUAUGAGAACAACACCCACAUCUGUUCUGUGCGCGCUCUCUCCCUCUCUCUGCUAAACUGUAUGCCCUCCACAUCUGCUCUAAUAGAGAACAUGCCCUCGGUUAAGCUCCCUACUGAGAAAUCUCCUUUGAGAACAGUGUGAUUGCACAAAAAUGCAAGGGGAACGCCGCUCAUCUCCGAGAAUAGAGGAGACCCAUAUGGAGUGUCACAAACGGCCCAAAUUGCAGGUAUUGUCCCCACUGGGGUUUGGAGUAGGAGCCACUCCUUAAGGACAUGGAUGUUCUGGUGUAAAUAUAGUAGGGUGUAAAUAUAGCAGCAGGACAGGGAAUCAAGGACCCUCACGGUGGGUAUCAUCUUGCACGUGCUCUCCUGUUUUCAGAUGCUACGUACAAACACUGUGUAUUUAUUAGUUUUGUGCUCCAAAAUACUGUUCCCAAUUGGUGUUUCUGAAAGACAUCAACAUCUCCCCAACAUUACGCCAUUUACUAAAGACAGAAAAAAAUAAAACAUAUAAACACGUGGCAACCUGUUCUUCUUACCAAAUAUAAACUUGUGUAUGAUCAAAGUAUUUUAUCUGUGUUGUCUCUCUAAACCCAAAUAAAUGUGUAAAUGUG